CUCUCUCAUCAAGUCUCUGAAUCUAGAGAGAGAAACAAAAACCUCACUUCCAUGGCUGCCGAGGAACUUCGUGUAGAAGAAGCAUUGCCAUGGCUUCCUAGUCAAGUUCUUGACGAGGCUUGCGAUAUCAAGGUGUAUAUGAGGCAACACCACCACAAACAACAACCGUACUUCCUCCAGCGGCAACGGCGCCACGAUCGUCCUCUGUUAUCGUCUUCUGAUUUCGCUCUUUCAUCGAAUCAGAAAUCGAAGUUCAGUAAUGUCUCUUCUCUGCCGCACCAGAGGCAAAAACCAGCGGUUUCCGCGGCGAAUUGGACGGCUGGAGGACAUGGAAUGCAAGCAAUCUUCCUCGAUUGCGGGCGGCAAUUAGGAGGCACCGGCGUUUUUCUUCCUCGAGGAACGGGCGGCACCAAUUACCAACCAAACAAGAAGCCAGCUUGCUCCAUGGUUCUGGUCCCUGCUCGUGUUGUUCAAGCUCUUAAUCUCGAUGUGCAAGCACUAGGACUGCAAAUUUCCCCCCGUAAAGAUCCCAAAAUUAAUCAAAAUGGUAGAGAAUGCAACUCGAUGGUAAAAAAUAAGAAGGGCAAAGAUGUAAAGUGCUCCUUCGUGUCCCGAAAUCAAGCCCAUUCAUCCCAAGAGAUAUUCCUUCCAAAGGAAUGGACCUAUUAAUAUCCAAAUUACUCACAUAUUUGUACAUUUCAAUAAUGUCAUAUUACAGUGUUCGUAAAAGUUUUACGACGAAUCAAAUAUCGUUUUAUCAUUUUCUUU